GUCCGCGCCCGGUGACGCGGAGACGCGGCACGCCGCUGUGCCGCUCCGUGCGCGGUGCUCGCCGCCGUGCCUAAGCACCACAACCUCCCCGUAACUGCCACUGUCACAGCCAGAUUCCAACAAAGUCCCGUUGCACAUAACCGGUCUCACUAAAACCGCCUGGCGCAGCCGGGCCGUGGCCGCAGCGGUGCGGGUGCUGUGCCCCGUCACGCCGCUCGGCGGUGCCGCAGGCAUGGCCCCGGCCCGGCCGUGCCGCCGGUGGCUGCCUGCCGCGCCUCACGGCGCCUCGGCCUCCCGCUGCCCCUGCUCCCGCCGCACCUGAGGGCACCCGCCCGGGCUGUCGGGCAGCGGAGCAGCAGCAGCAAGCUCAGGGUGCCGCGGGGCCGGGAGGUGCCGCUGCUCCCGGUGAGGAACUGGAAAGAACCAGCUCGGGAGGACGCCGGCGGGCGGUGGGCAGGAGGGAAGCUUUACAGAGGAGGCGCGAAUUCAGUCAGACAUCCGGACAAAGAUGUAGAUGAUGGAAAGGUGUUUUGCCCUUCGGGCUUGGAAUUAAACCUCUCAAGAGCAGACCAGGACGUUUCUCUGAGGAAAUGGAUACAUCUUCCCCAAAGUACCCAGUCAAAAAGCGAGUGAAAAUUCAUCCCAACACGGUAACAGUAAAAUAUACUUCUCAUUAUCCCCAGCCAGGAGAAGAGGGAUAUGAGGAUGGUAAUGAAGAUACUGGAGUAUUUAUGGAGGAUAGUCCUAAAAAAAGACUAUUGAGUGAUGGGAAAAAGAGAGGAAGGACCUUUUUCGGUACGAUAGACACCCAGCUCCAGCCAGCACAACUACCAAAAGCCAGUGAGAUGGGGCAUUUCCAGAACUUUCCCGAAGGAAAUAUACUGCAGUCGAGGAAAAUGUGGAUAGUCCUUUUUGGAUCUGCUGUGGCUCAUGGAUGCGUGGCUCUAAUUACAAGAUUAAUUUCCGACCGUUCCAAAGUGCCAUCCCUAGAGCUGAUUUUCAUCCGCUCGGUCCUACAGGUGCUGUCCAUUACCGUUGUGUGUUAUUACCACGAGCCACCCUUUGGCCCCAAAGGGUACAGACUCCGGCUCUUCUUCUACGGGGUCUGCAACGUUAUCUCUAUUACCUGUGCUUACACUUCCUUCUCCAUAGUUCCCCCCAGUAAUGGGACCAUCAUGUGGAGGGCUACCACUACGGUGUUCAGUGCCAUUUUGGCUUUUUUACUGGUAGAUGAAGGAAUGGCUUACGUAGACAUAAUUACUGUUGUUGGCAGUGUGUUUGGUGUCUGUCUGGUCAUGAUCCCCAACAUCGUCAGGGAAGAAAACUCUUUGCUGAGCACCUGGAAGGAAGCUUUCGGCUACACCAUGACCGUUAUGGCAGGCUUGACCACUGCUCUCUCCAUGAUAGUCUACAGGUCAAUCAAAGACAACAUCAGCAUGUGGACAGCACUGUUCACCUUCAGUUGGACGGGAACAGUGUGGGGAGCAUCCACCAUGUUCGUGCUUCAGGAGCCAAUUGUCCCGCUGGAUGGAGAAACCUGGAGCUAUCUCCUUGCCAUCUGCCUCUGCUCCACGGCAGCCUUCCUGGGGGUCUACUAUGCCCUGAGCAAGUUCCAUCCCGCUUUGGUCAGCACUGUACAGCACCUGGAGAUAGUCAUCGCCAUGGUCCUGCAGCUCAUCGUGCUGCGCAUCUUCCCAGGUACUUAUGAUCUCAUUGGGGGAGCAGUUAUUUUGGUUAGUGUUUUUUUUCUCGCAUGUUAUAAACUGUCCUGGAAGAAUUUAGGAAGACAGGAUUAUCAGGAGAUCGUGGAUUCUUCCAUUAAAUGAAGCGCAGUUUUGUUGUUCAGUUCUGGUUGCGUGACCACGUGAAAGUGACAUAUUCCAACUCUGUUGUGCUCUCGUGUACUGGUCAGGUCCGCUCUCUACUGUUUAACUUCACAGCUGAUGUAGCAACAUCGGUAUUUUCAGAUUUCCGUGACAGGUGAACUUGUUCUAGUGCAUACAACCACUGACAUUUUUAUGUCGUAUGAGAAAAGGAUAUUUGUCUGCAGCACAUAGGGUGCGUGAGCGGAAGCACAGAUGGCCUGCCCAAGUGCAGGCCAAGCCAUAGGCAUUUUCCUCCUCACCUUGCUGGGAUAAGGCAAUACGGAGACAGAGGGAUUCACUCGUGACUGUCAGUCCCGUGCGCUGUGGUAGUAGGAAAUGAACAGUAAAAACAUUAAAAUGGUCAAGUACAGCGUUUGUGUCCUCUGUAACACUUCUUCCGCUUUGGCUGUAAUGUUCUAAAUGAAGAAAUGGUAAUGUUUCUGUGAUGACUACUUGUGUUCCCUGUGCGUGUAUAAACAAAAGAAUACAUCAGUAAAGCAG